CAGCUCUCUCUCACCAAGAUGUCCAGCUACGACCUGUACCCACCAAGAAGCAGCGUGGCCGUCCCCCAGCCCAUCGCUGAGAGCUGCAACGAGCUGUGUGCCCGCCAGUGCCCCGACUCGGCAGCCUUCAUCCAGCCACCGCCCGUGGUUGUCACCUUCCCCGGCCCCAUCCUCAGCUCCUUCCCCCAGCAAGCCGUGGUGGGCUCCUCCGGAGCACCCGCCUUUGCGGGCUCCCUGGGGCUGGGAGGCCUCUACGGCGCCGGGGCCACGCAGGGCUCGGGGGGCCUCUGCACCUUUGGCAGACCCUAUGCUUCUCCCGCCUGCAGCCUUGGCGUUCUGCCCCGCUACAGCCAGAGGCUGUGGGACACCCGUGGGCCCUGCUAG